AUGGGAAGUUCGUUGGCGCCCUUCCUCCUCCUAUCUUGCUUCCUCCUUUCCCUUCCCCAGACAACUUCGACCUCCUUGACAGAAACUUGCGCCCUCCAAGAUCACUGCAGUGAUGGGGAUAAUCCAACUGCAAGGGCGGGAUCCGAUAAGGAUGAAUCCCUUGGAAAAGGGCAAUCUGCCAUGGAAAGGGACAAGAUAGAAGAAAUUCAUGUCUCAGACUCAUUUAACAACAUAUGGAACUACAGCUUUCUCAUUGAAAAACAUGAUGAAGGCAACGAAACCAAAGAAGAGUCUUCCAGUUCCAUGUCCAAGGAAUCUGACGAAAAGCAACUACCGCAAGGGACAUGCAGGAACAAACAGCAGACACCAACGUCAACCGAAUCAAUGCUCGUGAAAAUAGAAAUACAACCCAUUACCAUUCUGUCUGUAGGCACAACCUUGACCGUGUACGGGCUCGUCGGGUCGCAGACGGCGGACACGGAGAGGAUGGAGGUCGAGUCGGAGCCCGCGGGGCUGGUCAGGGAGGGGAGGGGGCGGUGGCUACAGGCGCCCGGCACCCUCGCCAUCGAGCUGGCGAUAGAGGUCAAGGCCGGGGAGGCCGCGGCCAUCCGCUUCAGGCUCCGGAACCCCCUCCAGCCCCAGGACGCGCCGCCGGCAGGGAUACGCGGGGAGCUAGGAGGAGGCGGGGGAGAGCUACGGGAGCAGAGGCUGGGAGGGCCCGACGGGGGAAGGGGCUGGCGGGGAGCGCUGCAGGUGAGGAGGAGGCCUGGGUUUACGACGAGGAGGAUCGGGCAGUCAUGUCCGCUGACGUCAUCCCACAACACGCUGUGGGUGACGCUAGAGAGCAACGCGGAGCUGGCGGGAGGGACGGAGCUGACCAUCUCGGGGCUCGCGGGGGCUCAGGUAGAGGACGGGGCCAUCACGGUAGAGUGCAGCGAGCCGGUGCUCGGCAGCAGGCGCGAGGAGGCAGAGACGAGCAGCUGGAUGAGGUGGCUGUCAGGCGGGACGGAGGCCAAGGGAAGAGGAGGGUACGAGGCUGGACGGGGAAGGUGGAGGAACGGGUCGCUGAGCUUGACGGUGCUGCCGGACAGAGCGCUGGCAGAGGGGCGGGCGUACGUGCUGGCGAUCAACGUCACCAACCCGCCCAGCCCGCAAGCAGCGCCGACGAUCGGCAUCGAGGCGAGGGGGGAGGUGAGCAUCGGGUGGACGGCGAUGGAGGCCGGGGGAGCCGGGGAGAGCCGGCUAGGGGUAGCGGGCGGGGGCAGGGCGCUGGAGGUACGACAGGGAGGGCUGGUAGCGGUACGAGCAGGUCAGACCAACCCUUUCGUGGGAGGGCGGAACACGGUGUGGGUGUCGGCGACGAGCAACUGCAGCCUCAGGCCGGGGUCGUCGGUAGCCGUACGGGGGCUGGGGGGGAGGCCGGGAGGGAGAGGCCGAGAGCCCGGGGCGAGGGCGUGGAAGAGGCGGCCUGGGGAGGAGGGCGGGCGGGAGGAGGUCGGGUGGGCUUGGGGCGCGGAGAGGGAGGGCGAGGUCAACCUGACGCUAGCGACGGAGGUCGAGGCGGGGGAGGAGCUGGUGAUAGAGCUGGACAUGACCAACGCCGAGGAGCAGGACGGGGCGACGGUCGAGGUCGAGGGGGUCGUGUACACGGGGCAGGGGUGGAGCGGUCUAGCGGGGGCGAGGGCGGAGAGCGAGGAGGGCAGCGUGCUGGGAGUAGAGAGAGGAGGAGCUCCGCUGGUCAUCCGGCAGGCGAGGCUCCAGCGAGCUACGGCCAGGCAGAGCGACCCGACGGCCGGAGAGGAGAACGAGAUCCGCAUCAUGCUACAGGCCAAGUACACGGUGGUGGCAGGCUCGACCUUGACCGUGUACGGGCUCGUCGGGUCGCAGACGGCGGACACGGAGAGGAUGGAGGUCGAGUCGGAGCCCGCGGGGCUGGUCAGGGAGGGGAGGGGGCGGUGGCUACAGGCGCCCGGCACCCUCGCCAUCGAGCUGGCGACAGAGGUCAAGGCCGGGGAGGCCGCGGCCAUCCGCUUCAGGCUCCGGAACCCCCUCCAGCCCCAGGACGCGCCGCCGGCAGGGAUACGCGGGGAGCUAGGAGGAGGCGGGGGAGAGCUACGGGAGCAGAGGCUGGGAGGGCCCGACGGGGGAAGGGGCUGGCGGGGAGCGCUGCAGGUGAGGAGGAGGCCUGGGUUUACGACGAGGAGGAUCGGGCAGUCAUGUCCUCUGGCGGGGGCGCUCAACAACAUCAGCGUGACGCUGGUGGCGAGCACGGAGCUCGAGGGCGACAUGGGAGCAGCGAUCACGGUGUCAGGGCUGGUCGGGGCGCAGGCAGAUAGGCGGUUGCGGGUGUGGACGGUAGACGGUAAGGGCGGAGACUGGGUCCCGAGUAGGAGGAGCUGCAGGCAGGGGGAGGCCGGAUGGGGGGAGUGGGAGGAGACGGGGAGGCUACGGAUGGCGGUGUGCGCAGGCGAGAGGAUAGCGGGGGGAGAAGAGUACGUGGUGCGCUUCACGGUCAGGAACCCCCCGACCGCACAGGAGGCCGUGCGGGCGGAGGUCCGGGCAGGGCUGGAGGACGGGGAGGGGGAGGUCCUGUACGAGGGGGAGGCGAUGGAGGCAGGGAGCGGGCCAGCGAUGGGGGUAGCCGGGGGAGCGAGGCCGAUGAUGGUCAGGGAGCCGGCGCUGACGAGGGCGACGAUCGAGCAGAGCACGCGGGUGGCGUCGGCAGAGAACGAGCUGACGGUGAGGCUGGAGGGGAACUUCGCGCUGCCGGCAGGCGCCGAGGUCAUCAUCGCGGGGCUGAGGGGGUCAGGGACGGGGGACAGGGAGGGGAUGGCGGUAAGGAGCGAGCCCGGGGGGACGCUGGGAGAGACGGGGCGGUGGGACCAGGAGAGCGGGACGCUUCGAGUACGAGCGAGGGCAUCGAGCGAGGGGCCGCUGCGGCUGGCGGUGACCUUCCAGAUUGUACAAGAGCAGCUCGCUGUGACCCCCAUAGAUUCCUCUCCGAUCAACAAGGACGCGUCAGAUUAUGUGUUUUCAGUGAUUCAACCACGCUUGAACGUCACUGCCAUGUACCUCUGUCGCAAGGGCUCGAACCGGAUGAGCCUUGUGUUUGAACUGAGGUCCAACAUCGACCUUACAUCAGGGACCAGCAUCCGGUUGGGAGGACUGGAGGGGAUAGCCUCGAGCAAGGCCCUCAGACUCUCUCCCUUCCCUCAAGGAGCCAACGGAGAGCUUCUAUUUGCUUGUCUGUGGUCCCUCUCUCCUGACGGCAAACUAGUCGGCAGGCAGUCGAAGGCACAGACUAAGUGCGCUCAGCUCAUCAACGAGAGUUUGAUCUUGGACAUCGGGGAAGGAUCUCUCGUACAAGCAAGUACAACUUACAAGUUCUCUGUCACGUUCUCUUCACCUUCUUGUCCGCCUUCCAAGACUUUAAACAUUCAAGUUACAGGAAAGCUGAAAAUCCCUCGGUUCAGAACACGUUUGAGAGAGCUCAGCGGCCAGGCAGAGGAGGAUGGACCUGCAAAUCCCAUCCUCCUGCACAUUCUUCAUGUUCUCGUUAUUGUCGCUGGCUUCGCCAUAGCGUGCUGGCUCCAGUACAACGAAAAGUUGUUCCUUGAAACGAUCAAACAGCUCAAGCUCAAGCUCAAGUCACGAUGA